CCGAUUAGCGCCACAAGCUGUCACAUUGUGAAUGCGUGCGCUGAGCGCAUUUCUCAUUCAGACUACAGUUUGAUAGCUACUUGAAUUACGUCCCCCCCCCCCCCCGCCUUUAACAACGAUUUCGGGCGCAUUAUGACUCGCAGGUGAUAAUCAAAGAGUCCAGGUGGUUCUGGGAGCCCAGGUUGGUGUCGUAAGAGACGGGACUGUUGCUCGAGAGGGCGGGGGGCUGUCUGAAGCAUUGCUGCUGUGUACUGGAGGCUGGUAUCAGAGCUUCGCUGAACGAUGGAGAAGGACGACCCAAAGAUCGUGAACAAGGAGAUGGAGGACGAGAUGGAGAUCUCGGGGUACAGGUACUGCCACUGGAAGCUGGCCCUGGUGGGGGUGGGGGUGCUGGGCUCGGGGGGGUUCCUGCUCCUGCUGCUGUACUGGAUGCCUGAGUGGUGUGUGAAGAGCACCUGCUCCAGAACCGCCCUGAGAGACGCCCAGGUGCUGCUGCUGCAGUCUACUGAUGAGUUCAAGACCUGGUUCCGUGCUAAGGUACGCGUCAUGUUGGCUCCUGGGAGAGACCCCUUCCACAGCCUGGAUUCCCAGUGCCACGCCCCCCAGAGCCACACCCAACAACCCUCCCCAACAGAGGACCUCAUCAAGAAAUACGCUGAGUACCAGCCCACUCAGAUCCGCUAUUUCUCACUCCACAGCACUAAGUACUACUGGAGCGACGCACUCCAGAACUUUGAAGGAUUGACGGGACUGGAGGAUCGAGGCAUCACCUGUUCUUCCAUUCACUCUGACCACAGUACGGGGCUGAGCAAGAACCAACAGGACUACAGGAGGCUGUUUUUCGGGGUGAAUGAGAUCCUGGUCAAAGUGCCUUCUGUGUUCAAGCUGCUAAUUAAAGAGGUCCUGAACCCGUUCUACAUCUUCCAGCUCUUCAGCGUGAUCCUCUGGAGCGCCGAUGAGUACUUCUACUACGCCAUGGCCAUCGUCUUCAUGUCCGUCAUAUCCAUCGCUACCUCUCUGUACACCAUCAAAAAGCAAUAUGUGAUGCUGCACGACAUGGUGGCGACCCACAGCAUCGUGCGAGUGUCCAUCUGCCGGGACGACAACGAGCUGGAGGAGGCCAUGUCCACAGACCUCGUCCCUGGUGACAUCAUCGUCAUCCCCUCCAACGGGACCAUCAUGCCCUGCGACGCAGUGCUGCUCAGUGGCACCUGCAUCGUCAACGAGAGCAUGCUGACAGGGGAGAGUGUGCCGGUCACUAAGACCAACCUGCCCAACCCGGGGCUGGGUCUGAAGGGCUCGGAGGCUGACUCCCCCUACAGCACGGACGAGCACAAGAGACACACCCUCUUCUGCGGCACCAACGUCAUACAGACGCGCUUCUACUCCGGGGAGCUGGUCAAGGCUGUGGUCGUCUGCACCGGCUUCAGCACCGCUAAGGGGCAGCUGGUGCGCUCCAUCCUGUACCCAAAGCCCACCGAUUUCAAGCUGUACCGGGACGCCUACCUCUUCCUCCUGUGCCUGGUGGCCGUGGCAGGAAUCGGAUUUGUGUACUCCGUCGUGCUCAGCAUCAUGAACAACGUUCCGGUCGAGACCAUCAUCAUCGAGGCGCUGGACAUCAUCACCAUCACCGUGCCUCCCGCGCUCCCAGCGGCCAUGACGGCCGGCAUCGUGUACGCCCAGCGCCGCCUGAAGAAGCUGGGCAUCUUCUGCAUCAGCCCCCAGAGGAUCAACAUCUGCGGCCAGCUCAACCUGGUGUGCUUCGACAAGACUGGAACACUCACGGAGGAUGGGUUAGAUCUGUGGGGCAUCCGCCGGACGGAGAGUGGCAGGUUCCACCCCUCGGAGGAGAGCACCUAUAAGGAGUCUCUGGUGAAGUCCCAGUUCGUGGCCUGCAUGGCCACCUGCCACUCCCUCACCAAGAUCGAGGGCGUGCUCUCCGGAGACCCGCUCGACCUCAAGAUGUUCGAGGCCACCGGCUGGACUCUGGAGGAGGCCACAGAGGAGGAGACGGCCUUGCAUAACCGCAUCAUGCCCACCGUGGUGCGGCCCCCCAAACAGCUGCUGCCCCCCCCCGCCGCUGCUCCUGACGAGGACAUGGAGCUGUACGAGCUGUCGGGCGCGUACGAGAUCGGCAUCGUGCGGCAGUUCCCCUUCUCCUCCGGGCUGCAGCGCAUGUGCGUGGUGACGCGUCUGCUCGGCGAGAAACGCAUGGACGCCUACCUCAAGGGGGCGCCAGAGGUGGUGGCCAGCCUCUGCAAGAAGGAGUCCGUGCCGGAGAGCUUUGCCGAGGUUCUGGAGGACUACACCAAGCAGGGCUUCCGGGUCAUCGCCCUGGCCCACCGCCGGCUGGAGUCCAAACUCACCUGGCACAAAGUGCAGAACGUCAACAGGGACCACGUGGAGGUGAACAUGGAGUUCCUGGGGCUGAUCAUCAUGCAGAACAAGCUGAAGGUGGAGACCCCUGGUGUCCUGGAGGACCUGCGUCGGGCCAACAUCCGUACCGUCAUGGUUACCGGGGACAACAUGCUGACGGCCAUUUCGGUGGCGCGGGACUGCGGGAUGGUGCCCCCCCAGGACCGGGUCAUCAUCGCCGACGCCCUGCCCCCCAAAGACGGCCAGUCCGCCAGGAUCAACUGGCGCUACGCCGACAACCCCGUCAAUCAGGACAAGGGCGCCGCCCUGCAGGAAAUCUCGGUCAGCAUUGACAAGCCCUUGCAGCAGCAGCAGUACCACUUCGCCAUGAACGGGAAGUCCUUCGCCGUCAUCAUGGAGCACUUCCAGGACCUGGCCCAGAAGCUGGUUCUUCAUGGCACCGUGUUCGCCAGGAUGGCUCCAGAUCAGAAGACUCAGCUGGUUGAGGCACUGCAGAGUGUAGACUACUUUGUGGGAAUGUGUGGUGAUGGAGCCAACGACUGUGGCGCGCUGAAGCGGGCUCACAGCGGGAUCUCCCUCUCCGAGCUCGAGGCGUCGGUCGCCUCUCCCUUCACCUCCCGCACCCCCAACAUCUCCUGUGUGCCCAACCUCAUCAGGGAGGGUCGGGCGGCUCUCGUGACCUCCUUCUGUGUGUUCAAGUUCAUGGCUCUGUACAGCAUCAUCCAGUACAUCAGCGUGACUCUACUGUACUCGGUGCUCAGCAACCUCGGUGACUUCCAGUUCCUCUUCAUCGAUAUCGUCAUCAUCCUCGUCAUCGUGUUCACCAUGAGUCUGAACCCGGCCUGGCAGGAGCUGGUCUCGCGCCGCCCCCCCUCAGGACUCAUCUCCGGGCCGCUGCUCUUCUCCGUGCUCUCCCAGAUCCUCAUCUGCCUGGGCGUCCAGACCCUGGCCUUCCUCUGGGUCCGGCAGCAGAGCUGGUACGAGGUGUGGACCCCCGCGUCCGAUGCCUGUAACCGCCACCUGAACGGCUCGGCCCCUCUCCACAACGAGACCGAGCUGGACGAGCACAACAUCAAAAACUACGAGAACACCACCCUGUUCUACGUCUCGUCCUUCCAGUACCUCGUCGUCGCCAUCGUCUUCUCCAAGGGAAAGCCCUUCCGCCAGCCCAGCUACAAGAACUGGCCGUUCGUUGUGUGUACCCUCUUUCUCUACGUCUUCCUCCUCGUCAUCCUGUUCUACCCAGUCUCCGCCAUCGAUGACUUCCUAGAGAUCGCGUGCGUUCCUAUGGAAUGGCGUGUCAUAAUGCUGCUGAUCAUCGUAGGGAACUCUGUGAUUUCGGUCUUCGUGGAGACCUUCGUCCUUGACGUCGUCUUAUGGAGGCUUGUCUUCAGCCGAGACAAGCAGGGUGCAAUCGGGGUUUCCUCUGCUGACCAGAUGCCUCAGGAGGGCACAGAUCGCUGGUUCCCGGCGGUUCUGUCUCGGCUGUGUUGUCGACGGUCUCGGGUCCCGAAAGCUCGCUACAUGCACCUGGCCCAGGAGCUGCGGGUCGACCCGGACUGGCCCCCCAAGCCCCGGACCACCACCGAGGCCAAGGCCCCGCCCGCGGCCCAGAACGGGUCCUACCAAAUCCUGCCCACCUCCUAGCACCCCGCCGUUUCUUGGCAUUGGGACCGAACUGACCAGGACAAGGAAAUAAUGAAAUGACUGUUGAACUGAAAGAUUACAUGACUGUCAACAAACAAACAAACGAAAAGAAGAAAACGGAGGUUGUAUUGUAGGCCGCGAGAGAGGACUGGGAAUGCUUUAGAACGGAAAACCGGAAAGGGAAGUUGAACCGCACGGAGCACCGCACAAACAACCUCACAGCGCCAUGGCAACCGCAGUGCUCCCACAGCAACCGCUGUGCUCCCACGGCAACCGCUGUGUUACCAAGGCAUUGCGGGAAUGUUGUGAGAACUUUGCUUUUCUUCCUAAACUGGGCAGCGUAUCCCCAUGGUGUAUCACCUGGGCUUCAGAAUUGCCAGUAGCCAUCUUUGUUCUGAACCAUCGUACAUGAUGUCACACAGCCCCAUUGGUCUUUUUUUUUUUUGUUGUUUUAAAAAAUAUAUAUAUAAAUAUAAAAUCUUUCUUUUCCUUUUCUUCCUGUGGAAGAACAAUUGAGUUGUAAGAACCAUACAAGAGGCCCCGGUGUGACAGAGCUUCCAGGCAGGGGGUCAGAGUUCAAACCUGCUGGGGGCGGGGCCUGGCAGAGUUGCCGUGGAAACUUACUGGGACACGGGAGAGUGGGACCGUGGGGCAGUGAAGGGCUUUUCCUCCGCAGUCUAAGGGCUAAACCCGCCGUGGAUCCGUCUCGCGGGCUUCACACACAGGGCUGUAUCCGUUUCCGUGCUACAUACUGAAACUGCGUUGGCCACUCAACGUGGAUUUCCCUUCUGUGACAUCAGCACUGUAAGCCACGCCCCCCCCCCCCCCCCCCAAUCUAGACUGACAUCAGCACUGUAAGCCACGCCCCCCCCUCCUCAUCUAGGCUGUGACAUCAGUCCAUUUCUGCAUAGCAUGCGACACUGAUUUGCGUUGAUCAAAAACUAGUCAUAUUGUGCUCAGAUAUAUUCAUCAUUGUAUGUUUAAUAGAUUCAAAUUGAGAAUAAUGAGUUGUGUAUGUAUGUAUACAUGCAUAGAUUGCAUGCAGUAGAACCUCCGAGACAUUGUCCUCAGUAACAAUCGGAUGAAAAGUGUGAGCAUUCAACAGAACAUUUAAAAAUGAGACAAAGCAGCCAUCUAAACGCUGUUGCUAAUGUACUGUGUGGGCGGCCUGUAGCCUCGUGGUUAAGGUGGCUAUCAUGACUGGGACCAGCGAGGUUGGUGCAGCCACAAUAAGCCCAGUGCAGCCACAAUAAGAUCCUCACACUCUUGCCCUUGAGCAAGGCCCUUAACCCUGCAUUGCUCCAGGGGGGACUAAUCAACUGUAAGUCACUGUGGAUAAAAGUGUCAGCUAAAUAACAUAUAAUGUAAUGUAAUGAUGUGGGAUGGGAAAAGGGUUUGAUUUUAAAAGCACCUUUGGUUGUUCCCAUGAGAUCCUAACUUCCACAGGUAUUGUCACUGACUUCUGUGAAAUUGAUCAAUUUAACAAAGGAUUAUAGCUACAGAUACUUUAGAGGAGCCUAUUCUUAAAUACAUAAAUAUGGCUUCAUAUUUAUGAUUUCAGUACACCGUUUCAAACGAUAGAUUCAAAUGAUUUAAGUUGUAGUUGAUUGGCAACUGAUAAAAAGUUCUUAACGGCCUUUUGUAGUAUAUUUGUGUCUCCGAGGUUCUGUUGUGCGUGUGGCUGUGCAUGCGUGUGUGUCCGUGUGCGUGGUACCACCAGAACUCUGACUGACUCGAAACUGACUUUUUUUUUAGGCACUGUUAAACAAGGUGUCUGUUUUCCCCAAACUACUGUAUGAGUAACUGAACAACCUCAAUUGCUUUCUUCACCUCUCGGCGUGUAGUUCCGUAGAAGUUCUCCGUGUGCACAGAGCGGAAAUCUAAUGUUAAAACUUGAAUUCAGUGCAAUCGGCAUCAACAUCCUGACCGUGGAACUCACGCUUACGAACGGGCUGAAACGGAACCGGCAGAUCAGUUCAGUUCUGAAGAUCAGUUCAGCUCCGUUUCCCUACAGAAAUCAUAGCAAAGCCAUGGACAAGAAAGUGAAUUGAAAAUAAUGUUAAUAAAAUUAUCCUCCGAUACUGAGAAUUACUGAAACUGUAGAUGAUAUUAUUUGAGCGUAUUGUACUCGUCUGUCGAUUUCUGAACGCUGGUCUGACCCAAACCCGAAUACGCUUGGUCUAACCUCAUGUUUUGCGUUUGGACAGUCUGCAGUCGAUCUGUUAUCAAAGUCCAGCAGUGCCUUGUUGACCCGUUUGAAAUGGCCGGCACUGUUGAAAGCAUUUUCAGAUGGCUAAGGACACACUGGUGUUCAAUGUGUGUUAACUCUGAAAGAAAUGAACUGUGAUGAGUCACGUCUGUAAGUAGGACGGCACAGUGGCCCAUUUUGUUAAAUUAGAUUGUCAAAAGAAAAUGUACGGUAAUUAUCUUAAGAUGCAAGUGCUUUAAUCUUUUUGAUUUUUGAUCCCCUGGUCUAUACAUCAUCGCUUGGGGGAGAGAAGGACAAUUGGGACUGAUUUUAAAAAAAUGGCCCCUAAUACAGUUAUUACCCAUCAGCCCCGUGUCUUUUAAUGAACCAUGUAGUUCCACAUCACGACGGAAUACUUUGGUAUUAUAAUGUCAGUUGUAUUUGAAUUUGGGUUUUCGUCUAAAAUGUUUGAGACGUGUGUUCUAACCAUGUGUUACAGUUGGCUCUAAAAUAUGAAUAUUGCAUUUUGAAAUAGAUGUGCAAAUAAUUGCCAUUAUUUUACUUUUUUUUUUUUUUUUUAGGGCAGUAGUUUUUUUUUGUUUUGUUUUUUUGGUACUCUUUAUUUGUGGGAUUUCAUCAUGAUCAAACAUUGUUCAUGUUUGUCAUUUAUAGUUUGAAUCAGUGUGUUAUUUCAAGGUAGGGGAAUAUGAGUAUGUGUCUGUCUUCUGAUUUAUUCAAAAAGGUGUGUUGCGUUUGGGAUCACCUUUAUGCAGAAAGUAGCUAGGGGUGGAACCAUCUCUGAAAAUCCUCCAAUAAGGUAGUGCUCAUUCGUAAAUCCUUAUUGGUGUGUGAGCAAUGCAUCGCAGCACAGUACUGUGUCCAGUGGGAAAUCAACUCUGAUGGUGUACUUUUAACUCUCGUAGAGUGCACUGGGUCCUUACUGGAUACGUUGCUGUUAUCAGUUUGUCGAUGAGUGUAGCACUGCCCCAUCGUGUUUCCCAGCUAAUAACGUCUUGACUGAAUACAUUAAUGGCUAUAGUAUGUUAACAAUCCUGGGAAUGCUGUUUCUCUUCGGUCUAGGAAUGUUGGUAGAUGCAGCUUCUCUUCCUGGUCUGGGAAUGUAGUCUCUACUUUUCCUGGGAAUCUUAAUUUUCCCUGUGUGACCAAUAAGCCAAGACUGGAUUUUCCCUCUCAUUCAUGGCCUGUGAAUGGUCCAUUUUAUUUUCAGCAGUUUAUUUUCUGCGUCACGCCAUCGAGGGGGUUCUGAGGAGGAUUGGAAAGGGAUACUGUUCAGCACAGCAUAUGCUUGAAAUAUUCCCAAAUAUAAACGCGAAUAUUAAAUUGUAUGCUCUUCUGCAUCAGCUUUUGCACAGCUGCGAAUGAGGAAAAGAUGCUUGUGGGUGUGAUGGGAAUAAUUUGUGUAAGCGGUUUGUGUUUGUGUGUUUGUUCAUUUUAAUCAUUGAAUCGUUUGGUGGUUCGACACUGGGGCUGACUGCACGUGGGUGGCGUAACGCUAGGCGGGAUGACAUCAGCAAACCGUUCAUGGAUCGUUUCACUGAGAGAGGACGACUGGGCAGGUGCCACACCUUCCUUUGUCUUUAACUGACAGGAAUGAUCAGAAGUCAGACGGGUGACAUGAGUAGCUAACGCUAAGGCAAUGCUAAUACUUAUAUUCCCUCUACGGUGUGUGUUUUUGACGUAGGUGACUACACCCCUUCAGAUAUUAACCCAAUGUUUACUGAAAGGUACAGGACAUUAAAGUGUUUUAUAUCCCUGGAGAUGUCUCUGUCUGACUGCAGUAUGUGGAGUAGGAAAACUGAGGGAUAGAGACUGCUGUUAUAUGGUUCACUUGUUUAUUUCCUCAGGGAAAUGUUUGUAUUGUUAAUAAAAUGAAAUAAAAACAAGGAUCAUUUCUUUUGGUAAACAUGUUUUCUGUAAGUGGGUUAUUGUAAAGUUUGUUGAGCUAAAAUGAUGAAUUUACCCCCCUUUUCUCUUUCGCCCAAGCUUUUGGAACAUGAUCAGUUUUGCAGAAGAAUGUAUAUAACUUUGCAGAUUUUUCUACGUGUAAUUUAUUUUUUAUUUAUUUUUAUUUGUGUUUCUUUUCUGAGACCUGUGCUCGAUUCCUCCUUUCCUUUUGAAUAAAUGUUAUUUAAGAAAAAAAAAAAA